UAUAUUAAAUUGAAAAUCAAUCAGUUAGCAUAUGCCAACUCAAACUACUCUAACAGUUUUCCUUACAAUAUUUAAAGCCUUUGAAGUUAGCCCACCACUUCCUCCCUUUCUUCUCACUUCAAUUACACAACUUUCUAUCUCUACAAAAUUAUUCCAUCAAAUCUGGAAUCAUCAAAGUAUACCCAAAUCAAAUCAAAAUCCAAAAAUAGAAAGAAAAAAAAAAUCAGCCUAACAAAUAAUAAAGGUUUACAAAUAUGAAGAUCCAAUGUGAUGUUUGUAGCAAAAAAGAAGCUUCUGUAUUUUGUUCAGCUGAUGAAGCUGCUCUUUGUGAUGUAUGUGAUCAUAAAGUCCAUCAUGCCAAUAAACUCGCCUCGAAACACCACCGUUUCUCUCUUCUACACCCCUCGACCUCUAGUUUCCCACUUUGCGACAUCUGUCAGGAGAAAAGGGCACUUAUAUUUUGUCAACAAGAUCGUGCAAUUUUAUGCAGAGAAUGUGAACUGCCACUACAUACAGCAAAUGAACAUACAGAAAAGCAUAACAGGUUUCUGUUAACAGGGAUUAAGCUGUCUGCAGUAAUUUCUGACAACACCAAAAGUACUGAUACUGUAACUGCUAGCAAAGGAAUUGGAGGCUAUAUAGUUCCUGAUUUUAAGUCUGCUAAAAAACCCACAUCAGUUUCUUCUGAAAAAACUCUGAAUUCGUCUGCAUCCCUCGUAACGAACAGCAACAGCAACAGCAGCCCAGAUAGUUCAAACAAUAAUCAGUUGAACUGUGGUGGAUCGACUAGUAAUAUAUCAGAGUAUCUGAUAGAUAUGCUACCAGGGUGGCAUUUUGAAGAUUUGCUUGUUGAUUCUGCUGCUCCCUUUGGUUUUUCCAAGAAUACUUGCAACAACCAGCUUGGUAUUGAGGUAAAUGAAGAUGUGUUGUCAUUUUUUGAUGUGGAGAAUGAAAAGGAAUUGACAAGUUCAUCAACAAAUUCUGAGAAUUUCUGGGUACCACAAGCAGCAAUUACUAGUAACAUGUUUGGUCAGACUACUUCAGAACUUCAUCAAAUUACAAAUGCAUCAAUUUAUGGGACAAAGAAACAGCAACAGUCCCAACAGACAAGUGUCACAGCAACUAUGAAAUUGAACAUAAAAUAUUUGAAGGAUGAUGCUUUUACUGUUCCUCAAAUUAUUACUAAUAAUAAUUCAUCAUUAGGGUCUAAGAGAACAAGACCUUCUUGGUAGAAUUAUGAUCUUAAUUAGAUCUUGUUUUUAUUAAUUUUGUGUAUCUUGUAUUUUAUAAAGUGUGUUUAAUAUGUACUGAAUUUUAAUUAGAUGGGUUUUUAUUUGGUCAUAUUUUUUUGUUGUGUACUAGUAAUUAUCUAGGUGUGGAAAAAAAUAUCUCCCACUUUGGACAUGUUCUUUUUAUUUAAUCGUUUGGGUUGCAAUCACUCAAGGUUCUAACGCUCUUGUACUACCUUUAUCUUCCCUAAUUAAUGAGUACAAUCCCUUGACCAUGAA